UAUGCUUGCCACCAACCGUUAUACAUGAUAUUGCCCAGACAUGGUUCCUUGGAGAGACUAUGUGUAAGAUCAUUACAUAUUUACAGUGUGUCAGUGUGCUGGUAUCUGUGGUGACCUUGACCGCUAUAUCAGUUGAACGAUACUUAGCUAUCUGCCGACCAUUGUCAUUCCGAGGCUCCAGGUUCCGAACAGCGCUUGCUGUGCUGAUAAUAUGGAUACUUUCUUUAGUGUCUUCGUGUCCAUAUCUAGUGUUUAUGACAUCAAUUCAUGAUGAUUUAGUUCCUGCAUCAAUUGUGUUGCUAACAAGUUGUGUAUCAUCCGAUUUCAACCAAGAAUACAUAUUCCAGAUAUUUUUGAUGGUAAUAUUUUUCCUGAUUCCAUUCCUCAUAAUGACAUAUACAUACAUUCGGAUCGCUUUGUGUUUAUGGAGAAGCAGUACAUCAGGUUCGGUUGCUUUAGAUAGUAGAUCGGAAGCAGCAACGAUACAAUCCAGAGCGAGAAGACGAACAGCCCGGAUGUUGAUAGUUGUAGUUAUUGUGUUUUUUAUUUGCUACAUUCCGGUUUAUUUGAGUAAUAUAUUCAGAUAUGCGGGUUUGACAAAUACAACCAAUCAAGAUGUCCUUGCUUUAACAACUUUAACGUCUCAUCUUCUUUGCUAUUUCAAUAGUGCCAUCAAUCCUGUUAUUUAUAAUUUUAUGAGUGAAAAGUUCAAGAAAGAAUUUCGUGUGGCUUGUAAACUUUGUGGCUUAUCACCAACACAUGGAAGACACGGAACUUUGACAGGUAGAUUUUAG